GCCACCCCGCCCCGCACUCCCGGAGCGCACCGCUCACCGCGCCCCUUCCCACCUCCUCGCCGGGGCCGGGCGCCGCGCUCGCCCUCAGCGUUCCCUUCCCCUCGCCACCCCCACCUCACCCCCCGCACCAUGAGCAACCUGAAGCCGGACGGCGAGCACAGCACCAGCACCGGCACCGGCACGGGCUCCGGCGGCACUUUGGAGGAGGAGGUCCGGACACUCUUUGUCAGUGGCCUCCCUGUGGAUAUUAAACCCAGAGAACUCUACCUGCUCUUCCGGCCAUUCAAGGGCUAUGAAGGGUCCCUGAUCAAGCUCACAUCGAGACAGCCUGUCGGUUUUGUGAUCUUUGACAGCCGAGCAGGAGCAGAAGCAGCCAAGAAUGCGUUGAACGGUAUUCGCUUUGAUCCUGAGAACCCGCAGACCCUGAGGCUAGAGUUUGCCAAAGCCAACACCAAGAUGGCCAAGAACAAGCUAAUGGCUACACCUAAUCCCACCAAUGCUCACCCCGCCCUAGGAGCACACUUCAUCGCACGGGACCCCUAUGACCUUAUGGGGGCUGCUCUGAUCCCUGCGUCCCCAGAGGCCUGGGCUCCCUACCCUCUGUACACCACAGAGCUGACCCCCGCCAUCUCACCUGCUGCGUUCACCUACCCAGCUGCCACUGCCGCCGCUGCCCUCCACGCUCAGGUGCGCUGGUACCCUUCCUCUGAUACCACCCAGCAAGGAUGGAAAUAUCGUCAGUUCUGUUAGUUCUUCAGUCUUGUCACCGCAGCUUGAAGCCCCUGCCCCGCUGGGGAGGAAGCCGCUCUGAGCUUCCACUGCCCCCAGGCGGCCUGUGGAGAGCUGCUGCUUCCUUCCAAAGACUGUGAAUUUUAAGCCUGACUCAGUGGACUGCUUCCCAUUUCCUUCCUCCUCUUCCUCUGCCCUGUUCCUCCCCCAAAGCCCCCUCACCGAGACCUCCCGGGAGGAUUGGGGGGGCCUUCUUGCUGGGAUACCCAGACCCAGCCCGGAGGCCUCACUGGGACUGAGCAAGGCCUGACCUCCGGUCCAGACUUGCUUCCAUAGCUCCACCUCAGAGAAACGAGGCAUUUAAUUUUGCAUGUUUUCUGGCAUGAAUUAAGACACUUAAACUUGUGUAUAUGUGAGUGUACAGUUUGUUCUCACAUUGUGUCACCAUAGCAACAGGUCCUGGCCACCAAUGGUUCAUCAAUCCCGGUCCCUCUCUCCACACCCUCCCCAAAGCCCCUUGCUUCAGUGAGGACCGAGCCCCACAGCUCACACCGCCCAGCGGCAGGGGGACCCCCCCCACCCCCACGUGCUUCCAGGCCGAACAGCAACGACCACCUAACCGAGGUAGUGUUUUCUUUUUUCAUUUCAAAUCUGGGUCCUCCGCUUCCUCCUCCUGGAGGGGCCAGUAUCUGCUAAGAAAAUCCUUUCUCUGCCUGGUUUGCUUACCUCUCCACAGUGCACCCCAUCCCUGCCCAUGCUCCUCAUUCUUUCCAAACUUCGAAACCAACCAAAAAGUGAAAGUAUUUUUGUACCCUGUGUAACAAAAUAUUUAUGCAUCAUAAAGGAUUUUUCGUGUGUGUGUGCAAUUAAUUAUUAAAGAGACCUUGUUCGCCUUGUCAGAUAAGUUUAAUGUUUAGUUUGAGGCAUGAAGAAGAAAAGGGUUUCCAUUCUCCAGCAGUGAGCCUUUGCGUCAGGCGUUAGUUUCAGAAAAAUGAAGGGAAAAAAAUUGUGCAAUUUUUUUGUUUGUUUCGUGAGCACAUCAGUGCUUUUGCCUUUGGCCGCAGCUGUGGCUGUCUUGACUUUUUCAGACUUAGGAGACAAGGUGGCUGUUGUAAUUGCUGAUCCUGUGAGAAUGUGAAGCUGGAUAAUAUAUGAAAUGCAAAAUAAAAAGUCAUCCAAAGUAA